GCACACGUGCUUGUGCAUACACGCAAUCAAACUCGCUGCAAACUGCAGUGGGCCAGUGUUUUCGCGUCUUUACCCCCAUAGUUCCUCUGGAUCUACCGCCUCUUAUAGGGGGGGAGAAACUGAAAACUCCGCCGGGCAAUACGCGAAGGUCACCUACCCUUUCAGUAAGGCAGGGCGGAGUGCACACAGGCGACCAAGGAGAAAGGGGACGUGCUGCGCAUUCACCAAGGGAGUGUGUGUGUGUGUGUGUGUGUGAGAGAGAGAGAGAAAGAGAGAGAGAGGGUGCGCGAGAGAGAAAGCUUGCAGAGGGGGCUAUGCGUGUUUGAGCCGAGAAGAAGGAAAAAGUCUGCGACCCACAUUGGCAGAUUCGGAAUCGACAUGUCGAGCCGGACCAGAGCGGGAUUUUACAGUCAGGAAGUGAAUAAAACUGCUUGGGAGGUUCCCGAACGGUACAGAGAUCUGAAGCAGGUGGGCACAGGGGCGUACGGCACAGUAUGUUCGGCGUUGGACCGCAGGACGGGCGUGCGCGUGGCCAUAAAGAAGCUCCACCGGCCCUUUCAGUCGGAGCUGUUUGCCAAACGGGCGUACCGGGAGCUGCGUCUGCUCAAGCACAUGAAGCACGACAAUGUGAUUGGACUGCUGGAUGUCUUCACCUCUGCCCUCUCAUUGGACAGGUUUCAGGACUUUUACCUGGUGAUGCCGUAUAUGGGCACGGACCUGGGGAAGUUGAUGAAGAUGGAACGUCUUUCUGAAGACAGAGUGCAGUUCUUGGUCUAUCAGAUGCUGAAGGGACUCAAGUAUAUCCACUCAGCUGGAAUCAUCCACAGGGAUCUCAAACCAGGGAAUUUGGCCAUCAACCAAGACUGUGAACUUAAGAUUCUGGACUUCGGCCUGGCCCGGCAGGCCGACAGCGAGAUGACCGGGUACGUGGUGACCCGGUGGUACCGGGCCCCGGAGGUCAUCCUCAACUGGAUGCACUACACUCAGACCGUGGAUAUCUGGUCUGUGGGCUGCAUCAUGGCGGAAAUGCUCUCAGGAAAACCACUCUUCAAAGGCAACGACCACCUGGAUCAGCUGACAGAGAUCAUGAAGAUUACAGGGACUCCAACUCAGGAAUUUAUCUCCAAACUACAGUCUCAGGAUGCUAAAAACUACAUCAAGAGCCUGCCAAAAAUUCAAAAGACAGACCUGAGGGUCCUCUUCUCGAAAGUAAACCCUCUGGCGGUCUCGGUUCUGGAGCGCAUGCUGGUUCUGGACCCAGAGCGGAGGGCGAGCGCGGCCGAGGCGCUGUCCCAGCCGUACUUCGCCGAGUUCCGCGACCCCGAGGAGGAGACCGAGGCGCAGCCCUACGACCACUCACUGGACAACACCGACCUGCCCCUGGAGCUGUGGAAACGGCACACCUUCACGGAGAUCCUGUCCUUCCAGCCGACGGUGGCCGAGGCCAAGGAGACGUCUCUCUGAGACCUUCCGGCACGUUCUCUCCCGGCCCCUCGAUCUGGCGCACUGCGUUUCCCUCUUCUGUUCCGAGGGCCCCCGGGGGCCCGCCUCUGAGUUUACACUGCCUACAUCUGCUGUGUUUGUGUGUGUGUAUGUGUGUGUGUGUGUGCGCGUGUGUGCGUGUGUGUGAGUGAGUGAGUGAGUGAGUGUGUGUGUGAGUGUGUGUGUGUGUGCGUGUGCGUGCAUACGUGUGAGUGUGUAUGUGAGUGUGUGUGAGUGUGUAUGUGAGUGUGUGUGAGUGUGUAUGUGAGUGUGUAUGUGUGUGUGUGUGCGUGCGUGUGUGUGUGUGUGCAUACGCGUGAGUGUGUAUGUGUGUGUGCGUGUGCUUGCGUGUGCGUGCGUAGUGCGUGUGCAUGCGUGUAUAUGUGAGUGUGCGCACGUGUGUUUGUGUACAUAUGUGUUCGCCUGUGUGAGUUGGCGUGUGCGUGCACACGUACAUGUAUGUGCUCUUUGUGUGUUUUAGUGAGCAUGCUUACAACGCUCGAUGUGAAGCCACGCCUGUCCCAGGACUUCAGUAGGCCAGUUAGCUGGCGAGUGUGCCGCGAGUUUUAUCAUGACGUUCACCCUGUGAGUUUCUCCAAAUCUUUCCAAAUGGUGUGAAAUGGAGCAAUUUGAUUGGCUGUUGCUUGCUCUCUGUGACAUUCCACAAAUCGCAGGUCUGCCGGAAGUUUCUUUGUUUAGCUAAGGUGACUGAUGGUACGCCUACCUUUAUGAAAAUGAAUGUAUGUUUAUACAUGAAUUGGAAAAAUUUUUUACAUUGUAAAAAUGUUCCCUGUAUAUGAAAGUAUAUCUGAUGUAUGUACCUUCAUGUACAUGAUAAACUGUACGGUAUAAUGUGUUAA